UUGGUUUGUUUUUGUUUUGCCAAACGUUGGCUGAAGAAAAUCUUUUGUUUCAUUGGAUUUCAGAUAUAGAUGUCGAACCGCCACCAGGACAUCCCGAUCCGCCCACGCUAUGGCUACGUAAACGAGGAGAGUGGCCAGGGGGAGGGAGCACCAGCGAGAUCCGGAGCCACUCCCGCAUCUUCGUAUACGGAGAUACCCUUCUUGGCUCAAUAUCCGGGGGCAGUACCCGAACAUGUUCUUCAGGAUCUCACGCCAACGGCAGCCGGACACCCCGCAAUUUCUGACAAUGCUGGAAAGGUGCCAAACGGCGAGAGCUAUGUAAAUCUUGACUCCGGCGAGGACGACGAUCCUGCGGAGGAGGACGAUCCCGAGGAGGAGGACAACAGCAACUCAAACAGUAACUCGAAAGAUAGUUCCGGCGACAUUCAGAGGCACAGACUGAAGGCGGAGAGCAAUCUGCCCUAUGAGCUGGAGGGCGCCAGUGACUCUGAUGGAAUGCGUCACUUUGUGGCCCAUGAUUUGGAGGCCAAGUUGCGCGAAGGAGGGGCUGCAGCUAGCGGUCACACGGACUAUUCCUCUGAGCACACAACCCCCUCUACUUCCAUGGGUCCCAUGGGCGCCCCAACAGGCAACGGCCUUCUUACCCGAAGGUUCCUACAGUCUCGCAACAUACCCGAGGUUGACGGCAGUGUCCUGAGCGACAUUGAGCUGGAAGCCCAGUACUUGGCCACGUCGGUGGACAACCUGCUGGAGAAUCUGGGCAACCUUCUGCACUCUAUCUCCUCUAUAACCGCCGACAAUGUAGAAGUUCAUCGGAACGCUGUCAACAAGCUAACGGACACUUUGGACGCAAACAUCAAGUGCCAAUACCAACUGCUGGCCAAGGCCGAGGAAAUCACCAAGUCCAUGAAACCCACGGAGCAGCUGGGUCAGCGCAUCAGGGAGAUCAAGCGGCUAGUCGACAUGCUGGACAGCACCAUGUAAAAGAUCUGCGAUUCUGUGACCUGGGCAAUCGAAUAGAUUUCUUGUGUUUCUAGUCAUUCCAUAAAUACAUCUCAAAAAACCGAA